GCCUCUCUGUUUCAUUGUGUGUGGGUGUGACCAUCCAGAACUGCUGCACGGGCUAGAGCGUGGCAAGCCACCCUGAAUGAGUCGCAUCGGCAUAUUCCCGGAUAUUUGUUUUCUUGUAGUUUAGUUUGUGUGCGCGAUGAGAACAGCGGAUUUUGCUGACAUGUACCGAUAGCGCAUGCAGAAAAGCCAGCGCAUGAGAGUUGUUGACCGGGUUCUCGACAACUCACGACCAUAGGCGGCGCAUCAUUAGCACGCGCAGAUUAAGGAGCAUCAUGGCCGAUGUCCGCCUUACGCACCUAUUUUUCGCAUUGUGCGCGCUGAUGGUAUUUGGCUCCUUUCUUGUGACCCGGCUGGGGAUCGUCAAUUGAAAGUAAACUGGCCUGAGUUCCGUGAUGUAGCAGAACAAAGAGUCGAGGAAUCUACUACCUUCAGUUCUGUGGCACUUGCAAGGCCUCCUGUGAGUGAGAAAAUGACCCUUGUGUACGUCAUAUGCGAGCACCAUUUUGAUCUCGGCCUCGUUGCCAUCAAGUCAGCCGUAGCCUACUCCACGACGAGGCUACACCUUAUCGUCAUCGCAGAUAAGUACAACGAAGAAAGGAUGCGAAAUGAGUACUCCUCCUGGCCAGAUAGCGUCAAGAAGCGGGUCAGCUGUGAUGUGAUGCCUGUUCUGGUUCCCCAAGGAAAACUACCGCCAGUGGUGGGCAAUGUUCAGGCCUUGUACAACACAGAGGCUCUUUUUAACGCGUAUCCUGCCUAACGAGGAUGCUGUCCUCUACGUCGACACAGACGUGAUAUUUGUUCAUCCUGUCGAAGACUUUUGGAGAAAAUUCUAUGCCAUGAAUGAAUGGCAGAUGGCUGGCAUGGCACCGGAGACGGAGAACUAUACAAUGAACUACUACACAUUAAGGGCACUUCAUCCAUUCGUUCAACCGUUUGCAUUGAAUGCUGGGUUGCUGCUAAUGAACCUUACGCGCAUGCGUGCCUUCGACCUGGAGAACCGCGUGAUGCGGCUGAAGGAAGAGUUUGAAGGUCGCAUUCCAUGGGCCGACCAGGACUUGCUGAACAUCGUUUUCUCCCGGUAUCCGCAAGGGAUAUUUACAUUCACGUGCCGCUGGAACUACCGUGGAGAGCACUGCCACGGCGAAGCCCUCUGCACUGACGGCCCAAUCGCGGUUGUGCACGCAUCGCGCAAGAUGGUUCUAGACGGCCUCGAGCCCGCAUUUGUUACACUUCAUCGGACUAUGCAGAACUUCAAGCUUGGGCAAAAUCUCGUGGAUGACUUCAUCGUUCCUCUGAACGAGAGCCUUCAGAAUACUGCAUUGACGGGGUGCACUAUAGAGUUAAUGAAGCAGCUGGAUCUACUUCGGCUGUCUGCAAGUCGUGUCGACAACAGCACUGCCCGAGCUGCGGCCACAAGCAAAACGUAGUCGUGGAGUGCAUGUUCACGUGGCUGUAGCGAAGUUUCUUGGUGGCCGCAUUUUGCCGGAUGAGGAUCAUGUCGCGACCUCUGGUCACCGAAACAAUCGGAACAGACGAUUGUUAAAGGGGGCGCUUCACCUCAGAGAAAGCAUUCGAUUGACCGCGUUCGAAGGUACAUCAGUUGAGAGAUAUUCGCACACGGCAGGUAAUGAAUAGAUUCGAAAGAGCGUCGUUGCCUUCAGGAGAAAAGCUCGUUAAUCCGCUGACCACAGAGAGCAAAAUGUUGAUUCAUCAUCACUUUGUCUUCCUGAAGUUGUCAGAAAUAUUCAAUUUAUAAAAUAAAAAUGUAGGGAGUUGAAGUACGGUGCAAGCAAGCAAACCUCAACUGAGUGCACUUCAGUCUCAAUGAACUCGUCCCCUCAAAUCUGUAGUUCUGGGCUGACGUUGUUAUAUCAUCCGCAUCUGCUAAAGCACAUCAAGCGGAAGAAUUUCAUAUACCAACCUCGUGCUUAUCUCUAAUUGUUAAUACACUAUCAAGAUUUUUACAAAAGUCACUCAUUAACUAUGUUGUAUAAGAAAGAUUGUACGCCAAUAUUUUAAGCUGUACUUGUUGACUAGGUUCAGUUUAAGGAAGUAUUAUAUAACUGUACUUCAGAGUUACAGCAUCACAAAACUUCUUACUUAAUUGUGGUUUUGCAACGCCUAAUAUCUAUACUCAGAAAUAUUUAAAGGUACUUUGUCAUGUAAGAAAUUAGCUUCCUGCAUUUAGGACACACUAGCUUAGAAAAGUCAACCAACUGGCGUGAGUAUACAGAGAGCGAAACAUGAUCUUCACUCCCGCCUAUUUAGGCAUUGUCUCCUGGGGUGAAGCUGCCCGAUUAGUUUCACCACUUCAUAGCGGCCAGCCAUGCGGGCGAAAAGUAGGCGAUUCCAGAACAUGCUUAGGAGCUUCUGCCACGAACAAAUGCUCAAAGACCUAAUACGGUGGGCCGGAAUGAUAAAACAACUAAGUCCAUCUUUGCGCAGCGCACGAAAUUGACAAGGACACUGUCAAUUGUUCAUACGCGGUAUUUACUUAUCUAUAGUGCUCUUUAUGGAUGUGUCACUAAUUUAAUAAACAAUGUCGCUGAAUGGUCGAAUAUGCGCGAAGUCAUGAGAUCGCAAGAAAACUAGUGAACAGACGUGAGACGUGAGGUGUGCUUGCAUAACCUAUGCCAUCUUAAUGUACCCUAACCGACAAUCACUUACAUUUACACACCAACGUCACGUGCGAAGAACAGUGAAAGCGCUAACAAAGGCCAACAACGCCAUUAUUCCAAUGAAAGUUGCGAAAGCUAUUAAACCGCAUUUUUUUUUCGAAGGCCUUCAAAGCCUCACGCCUGACAGUUCGUUCGAAGUCAUUGGUGUGUCGGCCUGUGUGAAUAAACUCUAUUUAAGUUGGC